GGUGACGGUGGGUGGCGGUUGCGGCGGUGGUUACCGCCGCGCAACCACGCCGGGCAAAUCCGAUGAUCGCGAGCGUAUCGUAUGCGAUACGUAUACGCGUCGUAGGUGCGCUGAAAGCGGUAGGAGGCGAAGGAGGGAGUGGUAACACCUGGAAUGUACGUAAGGUAAACGGCAUCCGGGCAAUGCCCUCGCAUGUAAACAAUCAGAAAUUGCAGGCUUGAUUACGCGAGCAAGUUGUUUCUCGCGUAUGCGCACGAUCAAAGAAUCGAUCACGUUUGCCUGCACGCGUGCUCACCGCCCGUAACAGUUGUAACAGUGUAGUACGAGCACGCGAAUACACGGCGGCAUACCAGUUUUUCCGUUUUUCCAGCGUUAUCCUACUCCGCGACGGUUUAAUUCAGCUAUCGCCGCGAUACGAUCGAUCGCUUGUCACAUCGAUCGUCGUUAUUUCGAAAUAUCGUCGCUCGUACCGCACACCGUAACCCUCCGACGUUCUCGAUCGGUUUCGAAUCGUUUGGCGUCCCGUCGCGUCGCUAACUUGGCGCGGCCGCAACCGCGAAACGAACACUUCCGCUUCAACGAUUCUCCGAAUCCGUCCGCGUUUUCGGAACGCUCCGAGUUUCUAGGGCCGGCGUCCGCGAGAAUCGUGAUUCGGUAUUCGGUAUUCGGUAUUCGGUAUUCGGUAUUCGGCUGUCCGGUGCUCGAAUCGUUCGAAGCCGGCGAAUCGGCGCGCCGUACUCGGACCCGCGGACUGCCGCGCGAGCACGUUGGAUCGCAAAAGCUGUCGCGAACGAAAUCGCGACGGAUACGAGCAUUUCGAGGAAUCGAAUUCUGCAGAGCCACGGCGAAUCGCCGGUGUAGCGUAGUCGUGGUCGAACGGUCCUGUAAACCGUAAACCGAUUCGAACGAGUUCCACGCUCUCUGAAACGUACGAGUAGAAAGAAAACUCGCGAAACCGGACAUCGAUUAGCGUUGCGUCGGGUGCCAGCAAUUUCCAGAGUGAACGUGAAAACGUUGAUUCGAACGAUACGAUCGCAUCGAGUUUUCGGUAAGAAAUCGAAAUCUCGAUGCGCGGAGGGUGGUCGCGGUCGACGCGUUUCGACGGCAACGGCUAUGGGAUUCUCGUCGCCGAAAGGAAUGUUCGCUGGAGAGUAUCGCUCCGUGAAUGUUCGUCCUCGGCGGCAAAAGGGAUAUUUCUGGUACCGUCCAUGGUGAAAACCGGACGUGGCUAUCGAGUAAGAAUACAAACUGGGUCAAUGACCCAGCCGCCGAAGAACCGCGACUGUUCGGUAGAGACCGCGUCUGGGUCAGCGUGGACCGCUAAAUUAAGAACCGUUCAUACCUAUGGAAAGAAAUCUCGAUUUUCGAACAAUCCGCGAACGCGUCGACGGAUCGUUUCGGAUCGAAAUUAAAGCGAAUCGACGCGCGUUCGUUUUCGUGCGAAAGUCGAUCGUCGUUGUCGACGGUUUUCGCGAAAUCAUUUUGCCGGAUUUGUUCUCUGGGAAGAGAAUUAAAGUAGAAUCGGAUAGGGGAUCCGAUACGGAUCGUUUGCAAAUCGAUCGGAGAGAUAGAUACUCGUCGUCGAGUUCGAUGGUAGCGAUCUCCGCUACGGGGAUACGAGAAUACGGGAAUACGGGAAUACGGGAAUACGGGAAUACGGGAAUACAGGGCUACGGACGCACAGACGCGCACGCGCUCGAGUACUUACGGACCGAUAAUAUUUGGAGAGCCUCGCAAGGCUGCAGGGGGCCCGGAGCCCCCCACCGAUGUUCAUCGAUACGAGUCCUCGAGGUUUUCGACCAACGAGACCGAGGAACAAGGUGCCCACCUUCGCACCCUCGCCGGAAGCAUCCACCACCCUGAACCCGAGAGCUCGCGCUUUAUCCCCACCGUUGUCUUGUCCGGUGUUGUUUCGUCUCGUCUCGUUUCGUUUUGUUUCGUCUUAUCGCGUCGCGUCGCGACUCGUCGCGUAACCCGUUCGACUGUCCACCGUCUUUCUCGACUCUUUCCUCUCCAUCGCGUUCCUCUCUGCUUCUCUUUGUGGCGCUGCCCCACUACGAACGGGGACUGCCGGGGACUGCCGGGACUGCCGGGGGCAAUUGGGAGGCAUCCGGGGGACCAUUUAGAGCCGCUGGGGGGCCGGUGCUCGAUGAGUCACUAUAUAAGACGGGCAAGGACAAGAAGGUGUAUGUUAGUGUACACUCAAUCUUUACGUAGCUCGCACGACUCACGAUACAGCGAGCGCCGGCAAAUUCGGCUGCGGCGGUGACCGACUUUUUUUCUUUCCUCCAUUCUCUCAUUCUCGCCCAUUCUCGCCCAUUCUCGGCCACUCCUCCCGCUCGUCUCCUUUUUUCCCGUCCUAAUCGUUUCGGCCCCUGUAUUCCGUUCGUUUCUGUACUCGUCGUUCUUCCCCGAUUCCCUCGAUUUCGUCCUAUUCAUCUCCCAAUGUUGUCGUUCGCCCUCGCGUCCUACCGAAUCGUCAGCCUUCGAAUCGUCUUCCAUCCGCUUCCAUCUCUCCCUCGUUUCGCUCGUCUUGGUCUCGCGGCCUGUUCCGAUACCGUUCGUAUCCGAUCGAGACUUCCGAUCUCCCUGGAAUCUUCGAACGACCGUGUAAGCGACUCCGACGAUCGUCCGGCGAGCGAUCGUAACGAAACGCUCGCGUUCGAACGUUCACCCGUAUUCACCUAGCGCGCGUUCUCCUCUCGGAAUUAUGACCGAAAAGCCGGAUCGACACUGACAUUCGUAGCCACGAAUCGGGGAAACGUCGCGUCGAAAAGGAAAGUCGCGCGCGAGCGUCUGUCUUGCUCUCGUGAAAACAGCGGGACGAAAUAACAUCGACGAAAAGCUGACGUGUCCGGGACGCGCGAACGAAAGCGCCGAUAGAAGGAUACAAAUCGAAAUAGAGGAAAGAAGGAAGGUAAAAAGAGGAAAGGUUCGUCGAAUUCCCGACUCCCGAUUCUCGAUACCCGACGUUCGAUAUUUGACGCUCGACGACGCAACAACCGAAGAGCCCGAUGAUUUCAUCGAAGUAUCGAUAGAGAAUCUCGAAAUAUCAAAAAUCGAAGAAUUUCGAGUGAGAAAAGCUAAAUAAGCGAAUCCGAAGUUACGACCGAUCGUCACGAUGCUGGUAGAAUACGCGGCACAGUGGACUUGGCAAGCGAUGGGCGGCACAAGAAUCGAUGUCCUCUGUACGUUUCUCGUGUUCUUCGGUGCGCUAUUGGCGGCAAGAUGUUUGCAAUGGGUUAAAUACGUGCGUUCCUUGCCACCGGGUCCUUGGGGCGUACCCGUGUUCGGUUAUCUGCCGUUCUUGAAGGGCGACGUUCAUCUUCAGUACGGCGAACUCGCAAAAAGGUACGGCCCUAUGUUCAGUGCACGUUUAGGAACGCAACUCGUAGUCGUACUCAGCGAUCAUCGUACCAUACGCGACACGUUUCGUCGCGAAGAAUUUACUGGAAGACCGCAUACCGAGUUCAUCAACAUCCUCGGUGGAUAUGGUAUUAUCAACACCGAGGGUGCAAUGUGGAAAGAGCAAAGAAAAUUUCUUCACGAUAAACUCAGGAGCUUCGGCAUGACCUAUAUGGGUGGUGGAAAGAAAGUUAUGGAAUCGAGAAUUAUGCGCGAGGUGAAGACGUUUCUUCGAGGACUGGCGUCGCGACGAGGUGCACCGAUGGACGUUUCGGCGUCUCUUGGAAUGUCGGUUAGCAACGUGAUUUGUUCGAUCUUGAUGGGAGUGCGUUUCCAACACGGCGACACCAGAUUCAGCAGAUUCAUGCACUUGAUCGAGGAAGGUUUCAAAUUGUUCGGGAGCAUGGCCGCGGUGAAUUUUAUUCCCGUGAUGCGUUAUCUGCCCUGCCUGCAAAAGGUACGAAACAAAUUGUCGGAGAAUCGGGCGGAGAUGGCGGACUUUUAUCAAGAGGCGGUCGACCAACAUCGCGCAACCUUCGACGAGGGCACCGUUCGAGACUUGGUCGACACGUAUCUGCUCGAGAUCGAGAAGGCGAAGGGCGAAGGUCGCGCGGCGAUGCUCUUUCAAGGAAAAAAUCACGACCGACAGAUGCAACAAAUUCUCGGAGACUUGUUCUCCGCCGGCAUGGAAACGAUCAAGACCACGCUGGAAUGGGCGAUCGUACUGAUGCUGCAUCAUCCGGAAGCGGCGACCGCGGUACGGGAAGAGUUGGAUCAAGUGGUGGGCGACUGUAGAUUGCCGGCUCUGAAGGAUCUACCUUUUCUUCCGAUCACGGAGGCAACGAUUCUCGAGGUGCUUCGAAGAUCGAGCGUGGUGCCAUUGGGAACCACUCAUGCGACCACACGGGACGUGACGUUGGACGGUUAUACGAUCCCGGCUGGAUCGCAAGUCGUGCCUUUGCUGCACGCGGUACACAUGGAUUCGAAACUUUGGGAGGCGCCCGAGGAGUUUCGGCCGAGUCGAUUUCUCUCGGCCGAAGGUAAAGUCCAGAAACCGGAAUACUUUAUGCCUUUCGGUGUCGGCAGACGUAUGUGCCUCGGCGACGUCUUAGCGCGCAUGGAAUUAUUUCUGUUCUUCAGCUCGUUGAUGCAUACUUUUCAAUUGAGAUCGCCGGCUGGCGCGUCGUUGCCGAGUUUGCGCGGUAACGCCGGUGCUACCGUCACGCCGGAUCCUUUUCACGUUUGCCUGGUACCGAGGAAUCUCGAGCUUAUCGAAGACGCGAGCAACCGAUCGAUCGCCUCGAGCGCCGUUUUACGAAACGUCGCCGGUCAUUGAGAACUCGUUGUUCUUUGUGUCGUUGGCUUCCCAACGAUCGACGGAGCACGGUAGUCGUUCCUAUCCCAGUCCCGAUCUCGGUCCCGGUUUCGAUCCCGAUCCCGGUCCCGGUCUCGAGGUCGACGACGAAACCAACUAAACAACUAUUGCUGCGAGCGUUACGAGAAAUUCUGCAUAGAAAUGAAACGACGGUUUUUGGUCGAUCCGUUAGCAUUGGCCAUCCCUCGUUCUCGAUUCGUUACUCCGACGCCGAACGAUCGAACACAUUCGUUUCAGUUGCUAUUUAUUCGCGUUCGGUCGUCGACCGUUCAAAACAUUUUGGAGAACGAACGCUGGAUCGCGAACGAUCGUCGUACGCCGGCUGGCGAGCACGACGAGCAACAACGACUCUUCCAAAGCUCGCAAUCGUUGCGUCGUUUUAACGAUGACAACGAUAACGAGAAAAAUGUUGUCCAUAGAAAUCGAUAAAAAAACGAUAGUUGAUAAUAAGAGCGAUAACGAAGAUAGUAAUGGUAACGAUGACAGCGAUGAUAGCAGUAGCAGUAGGUAGGAAUGGUAACGGUAACGGUAACGAUAACGGUGGUAACAGUAGCGAACAAUUGGUAGGAAUACGAGGGUACGCGCUCUCGGUCGUAGGGCGCGACGACGGAAGAUGGUGGUACCGAGAAAGACGAUGCGAAUCGAUCGUGGUAACUGUCGUAACGUAAGAUCGAUCGAUCCGUCGAAGAAGCCGACGCGUUUAUCGAGAACAAGCGACGAAGACAAAACUGUUUAACGAGCGCGCGCUUGAAAUUUGUACAUACUUGUACCAUACGCGUGUGCAUUUUCGAAUUAAUAAGCGAAUAAGCGAAUAAGCGAAUAAGCGAAUAACCGAAUAACCGAAUAAGCGAAUAAGCGAAUAAGCGAACGAGGGAGAUCAUGGCGGACGAUGACAGCGCGAGAUUCUCUUCGUCCGCGAGUUCUCGUUCGUCUACCGUCCGAAAGUUUUUCUACUUUGUACGAUCGAAUCGAUGCAAGUUGGAUCUUCGACGAAAACGUGACUUUUCGGUUGAAACUUUGAAACGGUGGAUCUCGCGUUUCGACGCGGCUACGCGAAUACGAACGUGGGUCGUUCGAUCGCGCGGCGUAAAAAAUUGAAAAGCUACGUCGAAGUCGUCGAUCCGCGUUGAGCGCGAACAAAAAUUGAGGCUGUGAAUCACGAAUUUAGGAUGUUGGAUCUUCGUGGUCCGUGUGAUAUCGCGAUCGUAAAAUCAUUUCCAAAGAGUUUGUAGUGCGAGUCACGGAACACGGACGAAGCUCCGUGCGAUUCUUUCCAAGCGUUGCGCGCCGCACGCGCGUGCAUGCAUACGCGUAUGCAUAUACGCGUAUGCGUAUAGAUGUUAUACGUGGAUGCGUGGUACGGGCCGUGUCGGUGCUCCGACCGUGUUCCCUGGUAAGAAAGUUAAGCGCGGUAUGCUCGAAACGAGGACUACCGCUCUCUAGUGUGUUCACCCGCUAACCGCGAAUCGAUGUUAUUUAAUAUUGUUCUCUUUUCUUACGAUUAAACUUGUUGUUUCUCGA